GGUGUGAGAAAGGCGCGCCGGAGAAAGCGAGAUGCCUGAGGCUGAGCCAAUCCCUUUCUGUUCUGUUUUUCGCACUCUCAGUCCCACGUUAACAGUCUUGAUGGAAAAAUCAGAGCACACUUCUCCCUUUGUCUGAUCUCUCCAAGCCCAGUGUCCCGCGCUAUCCACUUCUACUUCGCGCCACUUUUUUCUGGCCGGGUUCUUAUUCCCUGGUUUUCGUAUGUUCUUUGUGCGUGUCAUUCUUGGGCUAUGGCGGGAUUAACCUCUUCUCUAGCAGGUGAUUGGAGAGAGAACAGGUUAUGUAAAGGAAUAUUUGCGGUGUCGGGAAUCAUGGUCACACUCGUCACCUACGGUGUUUUGCAGGAAAAGAUCAUGAGAGUCCCUUAUGGGGUAGAUAAGGAGUACUUCAAGUACUCUCUGUUUCUUGUUUUCUGCAACCGUCUCACAACAACUGCUGUUUCUGCUGGUUCCUUACUGGCAAGUAAAAAAAAAUUAACUCCAGCAGCUCCUAUUUACAAGUAUGGUGUUGUGUCAGUAACAAACAUUCUGACCACAACUUGUCAGUAUGAGGCCCUUAAAUAUGUCAGUUUCCCUGUCCAGACUCUUGCAAAGUGUGCUAAAAUGAUCCCGGUUAUGAUCUGGGGCACUAUUAUAAUGCAGAAGAGAUAUGUGGGACAUGACUACUUCUUGGCGUUUCUGGUGACCCUGGGAUGCUCAAUAUUCAUCCUAUAUCCUGCAGGGCCUGACAUAAGCCCAUAUAGUAGAGGAAGGGAAAAUACUGCUUGGGGCGCUUUCCUAAUGGUUGGUUAUCUUGGGUUUGAUGGGUUUACAAGUACAUUCCAAGAUAAGCUGUUCAAAGGUUAUGACAUGGAGAUACAUAACCAGAUAUUCUAUGUUACUCUAUGUUCUUGCGUUCUUAGCCUGACAGGUCUUAUCUUACAAGGACAUUUAGUCUCAGCAGUCGAGUUUGUUUACCGCCAUAAUGAUUGUUUCUUUGAUGUAGCAUUGCUUUCAACAGUUGCCACUCUUAGUCAAUUUUUUAUUUCAUACACAAUUCGCACUUUUGGUGCUCUGACGUUUGCUACUAUAAUGACUACAAGACAGUUGGUAAGCAUUAUGCUGUCAUGUGCGUGGUUUGCCCAUCCUCUUAGCUUGGAACAGUGGUUUGGAGCUGUCAUUGUCUUUGGCUCCCUUUACGCCAAAAGCUUCCUGAAGAAAGCACCCCAAAAGACCCCAUCUUCAGAACCUGUACAAAGCGAAGGUUCUAAUGUAAAGUCAAUUCCAUGACAGGACAUGUCUUCUCUGACCUGUACCUGGUACUCUGUCUUUAUUUGUGAGGCAGCUCCAGUUAUAGGUUCAGUACGGCACCUUCAAAGUCUCAUGUCAUGGAUAGCAGGUGGUUUGUCAUAAAAUCCCACGUCACCCGCAGCAGUAGGUUGUUUGUUAGCACCGUCAUAACAAUAGAGAGCUCAAAGGACGUUAGCCCCUUAAUUUUUCCGUUUGG